UAUUUCGCGAGAUUUGCUUGGCGCCGCGACCCCAUGUGAGACACCUCCUGCAUGAGCCCGUCUACCCCUGCAGAGGAAAGCGCAAUGGAGCACUGAACCUUUACAUCGUUAUCCCCCUCUCCCCAAACCCUUGUUUUCCAAAACAAACCCACGUUUAUUGUUUUUUGGGGGGGCUACAGUAGAGUUGCUGCAACGAUGUGGAUUCAGAUUCGUACUAUUGACGGGAAGGAAACGCGAACCAUUGAGGACCUUUCUAGAUUGACCAAAAUUGAGUCUUUACGGUUGAAAAUACAGGAGAUCUUCCAUGUUAAUCCAGAGCAGCAGCGGCUAUUCUAUCGAGGGAAGCAGAUGGAAGAUGGCCAGACCCUCUUCGACUACAGCGUGGGCCUCAACGACAUCGUGCAGCUGCUUAUCCGCUCCCAGUCGGACCCCCCCGAAGGACCCCCUGGCCCCAGAGAGAACCCCCGGGACGUGGCCCCGGGCCCCCGGGAAGGCCCUAUGGACAGACCCCCGACGGCGGCCGCUGCUACGGCCACCCCCUGCGGUUCAAACUCCCCGAGUCCUGGGUCAUACUCCGCCAGGGCCCCGCAACCCCCCGCCCUGCCCAAGACCGGCCCCGCCCACGCAACAGACAUUACCAGCGUCAUCGUCAACAACAACAACAACAACAACAAUAAGAGCGGUACCGUCGCUAGCAGCCUGGCUAACAAUAAUAAUAACAAGUGCAACACAGCCAAGCCAGAACCGGCCGUUGCCACCACUAACUUUGCCGAUGCUAAACACGGGUCGGGUACGGGGUCCGGAUCCGGGUCAGGGUCCAAGCCGUCCCACCCUGCACCGGACACCCAGCCGUCCACGUCCAGCCGACCCGCGCUGGUGGACCCGGGUAUCGGUGUGUACAAGAUCAACGAGCUGGUGGACUGCCGGGACGUGACGGUGGGCGCCUGGUUCGAGGCCAGCGUGGAGAGCGUGACCAAGGCCCCCCCGGUCCCCGUCAAGGGCAAGGUGGGCCGGCCCCCCAAAAGGACUAACGGCAAGCUGGAGGCAGAGUCUGGAGUCCAGCCCGCCCCUCCCCCCCAGGGCAACAGCGGUGUGGACGCCGCCCGGGGUAGCGGCGGUGCGGCGCUGGCCGCGGGGGGCGCUACAGGCUCCUCCCCCCUCGCCGCCGGCACGGACUCUGCGGGCGCCAAAGGCCCCGCCCCCGCGCCGACCGCAGACAGCAGGCAUCGCGAGGAGGACGUGGUCUACCAUAUUAAAUAUGACGACUACCCGGAGAACGGCGUGGUGGAGAUGCUGCCGGUGCACGUGCGGCCGCGGGCGCGGACCCUGCUGCGCUGGGACCAGCUGAGUCCCGGCCUCCGGGUCAUGGUCAACCACAACCUGGAGACCCCCGAGGAGAGGGGCUUCUGGUUCGACGCCGAGGUGCACGCCCUCAACCAGGCGUCCCGCACCAGCAAGGAGCUGCGCGUCAACAUCCUGCUGGGGGGCUCAGGAGAUGUGAUCAGGGACUGUAAGGUCCACUUCCUCGACGAGGUCUACCAGGUGGAGAUACCGGGGGCCCGUGCGUUGUCUGCUGCGGACGGGCAGUUCAAAAGGAAAAGCGGGCCGGAGUGCAAGCACUGCCGGGCGGACCCGGACGCGGAGUGCCGCUUCUGCUCGUGCUGCGUGUGCGGCGGGAAGCAGGACGCCCACAUGCAGCUGCUGUGCGACGAGUGCAACAUGGCGUUCCACAUCUACUGCCUCAGCCCGCCGCUCGCCACCAUCCCCGACGACGAGGACUGGUACUGCCCCACCUGCAAGAACGACACCAGCGAGGUCAUCAAGGCCGGGGAGAAGCUGAAGGCCAGCAAGAAGAAAGCCAAGAUGCCCUCGGCCACCACCGAGAGCCAGCGGGACUGGGGGAAGGGUAUGGCCUGUGUGGGGCGGACUAAAGAAUGCACCAUUGUUCCGUCAAACCACUACGGGCCCGUUCCUGGCGUUCCGGUCGGAACCACGUGGAAAUUCCGUGUCCAGGUGAGUGAGGCGGGGGUGCACCGACCGCACGUGGGCGGUAUCCACGGACGCAGUAACGACGGCUCCUAUUCGCUGGUGUUGGCCGGAGGCUUUGAGGAUGAAGUGGACAGGGGAGAUGAGUUUACCUAUACAGGAAGUGGGGGUCGCGACCUCUCAGGAAACAAGCGGAUUGGAGAGCACUCCUUUGACCAGACUCUGACCCACAUGAACAGGGCGCUGGCACUGAACUGCGACGCGCCGCUCAACGACAAAGACGGCGCCGAGUCGAGGAACUGGCGAGAGGGGAAGCCGGUGCGCGUGGUGCGGAGCUCCAAGGGCCGGCGCAUCAGCAAGUACGCCCCCGAGGAGGGCAACCGGUACGACGGCAUCUACAAGGUGGUGAAGUACUGGCCCGAGAUCGGGAAGUGUGGUUUCCUGGUGUGGCGGUACCUCCUCCGACGAGACGACCUGGAGCCCGCCGCCUGGACCCCCGAGGGCCUGGAGCGCAGCAAGAAGCUCAGCCUCGCCGUUCAGUACCCCCCAGGCUACCUGGAGGCCAUGGCCAACAAGACCAAGCGGGAGGCCAGUGCGCGGGGCGGGGGCUCCGGCCGGGGGAAGCGUCACCGAGGGCGGGGCCGGCCCCGGAUACACCCCAGGGUGGAGGAGGUGAAGGAGGAGCCAGGGGAGCAGAAGCCAGUGACCAUGGAGACGCAGCCGGUGCCUCGGAGGAACGGAGAGGGGCAGAAGACCCCCAGAGCGAGUGCAGUAGUGACCACAGCCGCGGAGGAGAUCCCUGCUAAGAGGAUAAAGGUGGAGGAGUCCUUCCAGCUGUCUGUCCAGCAGCGGCAGCUCAUCCAGGAGGACACGGCCAACAGGAAGCUCUGGGACGAGGCCAUGGUGUCGCUGGCUGAGGGUCAGAACUUCUUGUGCAAGGUGGAGCAGAUGUUCAUGUGCGUGUGUUGCCAGGAGCUGGCCUACCACCCCGUCACCACCGUGUGCACACACAACGUCUGCAAGACGUGUCUCCAGCGAUCGUUCCGUGCCGAGGUGUACACAUGUCCGGCGUGCCGCCACGACCUGGGCAAGGACUACGGCAUGGGCCCCAACAAGACACUCCAGAUCCUGCUCGACCAGUUCUUCCCCGGAUACAGCAAGGGCCGAUGAGCUCGUCUUCAGCGGGAAAAUAUAACACCCACACGACACUCGCAACCCAACGCUCCCAACAGAGUUCACCUCUUACUUCCCAAAAAUACUCAUAUAAGCUCCACGUUUAAAACGCAUAGUGCAACAGACAGAAAAAGGAAAUAGCCCCAAGUCAAACACACCCACUGCAUAUGAAGUCAUUUGUGUAUAUGGUAGCCCCUUGCUAGACCACAUCAGAAACGGAUAAACGUUUGGACCGCCUCCAUCCUAAUCACCAGCCUAAAUUUAAAACCCCAAAGGUCCGGAUUGCGCUUUCUUUCUAUCCAGUAAUUGUACUCACUGCCACACUGUCCGCCGAUGCCAUGAGUUCAUAGUUGUACCUCAAACCAGGCAAUGCAUGUCUGCCAGACCUUGUGUGUUAGCUUCUGUGUACCACCCAAGCAGUGCGGGGUCAAAUUACACUCAUUAGAAGGUGUGAGUACUUUAGGCAUUCCUGUGCCUAAUCUACUAGCAGCAUUGUGGGAAGACUCAUGUGGCGAAACCACUCAACACUUUUUCCACACCGUUCACAGUUUGUAUUUAUUUUAUAAAUAAUAAAACGCGUUUAGCAUAAUUUACCUGUGGUGGCAAGGAAAUCAAUAUUUGUACGGAGAUCGUAAAAUGUUUAAUGUCAAUUGAAGCACUUUAAAAACAUUUGACAUUAUUUUCUAGCCUUCGUAUGAAGUCAUAUUUGGCAGCAAAUGGUGAGGCAGUAUUUUGGAAAUGGAUAUGGAUCCAUACAAGCAGCAGGUUGGUUUUUCUUCAAAUGUUAAAUCUAGAAAAUGGAGCUAAGCUACCAAGAUUAAGGAAUUUAAAGGUUGGGUAUGGGAUUUAAAUCUUGGACAAAUGUGAAAGGUUAAGCUAAUAAAAACUGACAUUUAGGUUGAACGUUAAUCAAAUUGGUAUUAGUCUAGCUAGGCUACUGCUAAUGCUGGAGCUUGGCUUGUCUAGCUACUAGCCUGCUCUCUACUUAUAUAUUUGUUGCUAUUAUACGUUAAAAACUGCAGUUAAACCCAGGUCAUGCAGUACAGAUGUACGCUGUUUAUUAUUGGGGGAUUCUUUUUUUAAGAUCUCAAUUACAAUAUAGACAGGAAAAAUCUAGUUUGGAGGAUGUUCAAAAUGAAUUGAGUCUCGUUCUUUGAUUCUCACCAAAAGUUUGUAACUUUGUCAACCAAUCGUGACAAAUAACUAACACAAGUUAAACGUCUGAUGGAGGACUCCCAAGUGUGAAUCUGCGAUAGAAAUUAGUUCAAUUCCAAGUUACUAAAAUGGAUUCUGUCAAAUGUAUCGUAGGAGAACGCCUUGGCUUUUGUAGGAUAAAAAAUCCAAUGAAUUAUUAUAGUUUUAUUGACUAAAAUGAUCAUAGGAAAUAUGGAAAACAGCAGUUUUUCAGGGAGUCACUUUACAGUCACUUUUAUCGAAAGGGACUUUCAGUGAUUUGUGAUCCAGAUCCUGCUCCUGACGAGCUGGCCGUUCCGCAGACAUGUGGGUCGCAUCAAUACCUUCCUCUCCUCUAACCUGAUUCAUUUCCUAUGUGCAAAGGAGGUUUAAUUCAGGGGAAGCCGUCAUCAUUGGUUUUAGGUCCAUGAAUGUGAUUAUGGACAUAAUACAAUACAUGGAGGCUGAUAUUCAAGCACAAGGAAGUUUCACAGAUACAUUCUGCCAGUAAAAUCUCCUGUUGCUUUAAAUUGAGACUUUAACAGCAUUCCUACCCCCAAAAAUUUAAAGGGGGUAGACUUCCUUGUCAUUCUGAUUCCAUUUUACAAUGUCAAUCACCUUGUUACCCUGGGUAUAACCAAAAAGAAAAGCAUUCAUAGAAUAACUUGGUUGCACAAUAAUCUACUUGAUGCUAUCAAAAAAUCACUGCGGAUAUUCAAUGUAAUUGUUUGGUUGUGUGACGUCGUCCCAGGUCGGGAUUAGUCGUCACAACAGCACACUUUGCAGUUUAUGUAUUAUUAUCUACACAUGACAAUGGUCAAGGCAUUACGACUUUACAACUAGAAUAGUGUACAGUAAUUAUGGUCACAGAUUUUACAUGAUGAAUGCAGAUUUAGCAGUUUGUGUCAUGUAAUUUGUCCAAAAAGUACAAUAACAGUUUUCAACAUACAGUACCUCUCUUAUUUGCUCAUUGCCGCGUUAAUCAGAGCCAUCUCACUAGCCGGCAUGUCUAUUUCAAUGGUUCAGCUUUGCAUUCUCAUGUAAUAAUACUUCAUUGUAUUUAUGAUGACUCUUCGUAUUCUAAUUGUUUACGUGGACAACAGUGAGUCACAUGGUUGAAACUGCAACUUGGUGAUGCAACAAUGCCCGAGGUUGACAGAAAUACAUCAUGGAAUCUUAGUUAGCUGUACAUGUAAUCCAUUCAUUUGAUGUGGCUACAAAUCAACACCAAACGCCACAGUCGUCAGAAGCUAGAUUGUAAUUUGGGUAGAGGAGUUACCCCAUGUUAUUUUCUGAUUGUCUUUUGUAACAUCCUGUGUCCCAUACAAGGUUUGCAGUGGGUUUAAGUCUGCAAAUACAGAACCCUUCACUUGUUGAUGAAUUUUCAGUCGCCCGGGUCUACAACAGGUAUUUCGCCAAAGGCUGUGGGUAGGCCGUUCCCAAGGGGACGGAGUCUUAGCUGUCCCACACACAGGUUCACGCGGAACGAGAUAUUGACGAGGUCUAUGAACCCAACUUGGUCCCACACAUUUUGCUAGUCCCGUUGAGUUGUUUUUUUUGGCUUAUGUUUGGCUGGCUAUUUGUUUGUUUUCCGUGGCUAUGUCCUCGUUUCCUUUUCUGCAAGUUCUUGUCUUUGUUUUUGUUUUUUUUAAAACAUGCAAAUCCAAAGGAUGCUAUCGCCUCUAAAUCUAACUGUGACGUACUUAACUUUUAACACCGUUGUUCAAGCUUGCUUGACCAUUCCUUCUUCUCGGAUGGACUGGAGAUCUACUAGUCUUCAUUUCUGCUGCUGUAUGCGCCCCCCCCCCCCCCCCCUCUCCCUCCCCUCCCUCUCUCCCUCCCCUCCCUCUCUCCCUCCCUGUUCCCGUCAUUACCCUCUGUGCCCUUCAGUACUAACGUUUUUACUAGACGUCUUGUGGACGCUUGGCUUAAGUGUUGUGUUUUAUGUUUUUUAACUAUUGCACUCUUGACGAAGAAAAAAAACGAUUGAAAAGACAGUCACGGUCAUCCGGUUUCAUAUACUGUGUAAUAUUAUGUAUGUACGCCUUUUGUGUUCAAUCAUUUUAGUUGAGUCGUUAGUCAUGUUGAUGUGGAGGUGUCGGACCAUGGCAGUGUCAUCGCGUCAUAUUGUGAUCUGAAAUUUUAUACAUGUUAUAAUACUUGAUAUGUACCUAUUAAAUAUUUUGAUUCCAGAAAACGACUCCUCUUGGAAUGUUUUUCUUACCUGAUUCACUUGAACCGCAUUAGGUUCUGCAGUCCCCAAGGUUUUCAGAUCAACAAAAUGUUUAGUUGCUUCAUACAAUACUUGGCUCAAUCAAUAAGUAGGCAGAUUAAAUGUAUAUGAACUCACUUAAACGUAUUGCUACAAUUAAUUUAAAUUAUUAAGUGCAAUUCUUGCACAUGCUAUAUUAAUGCUUUCCUCAUUUUAUGUGUGAAUCCUCUAAAGUUAUUAGAAGUACAAUUAUACAAUUGCAUUGAGCAAGUAGUUAUAGUAAUCCACUGAUACAAAGCAUCAAUUUAAACGGCACACAUUUAGCAUUUAAUAACAAGAAUGUUUGGAUAAAAAAAAAAUCAUACAAAAUAUAGGUAUCAGGACAAAUAUCAGUUAUAGCCUAGCUUCAGGAUCUUCCUUUGAAAUAGUGGAUAUUUGCAUAAGUAUAUUGAUCUAAACUAAAGAUGAAUGGUAUGAAUCAGUGGGUGUAAUUAAAUAAUCCAAUGACAUUUUCUAUAAUUACUUUAUUAUCACAGAAGCAGGUACCACUAUGCGGUUGAACAAACUUUAAACUAUAAUGUAAAGGAUUUUAAAGGAAUGCUAGUCCAAAACUUCAGAAAUAUUAUAUAAUCACAACAAUUUCUCUUUACUUUAAACAAAAACAAAAUGCUACAAUAACAUCAGGUAUACAUCACAGAAAGAAGCCAAAACUGAGGCCUCUGAAUCAGUCACAUGCAACAGCAUCCAUGUUUUUCACUCAAAACCUUACAUAUCUAACUUGAAUUACUAUCCAGCUAUAAAGUACCAAUAAUUGGGGUUGUUGCUCAGAGCCUUGUGUACAAUCCCAAUGCUUAUAAUGCAGUGCCGUCCUACAGACGACACUUGGUAACUGCAAUAGGAUACGUUGGGAAUCGGGGAUGAAGUCCUGAUGUUCGGCACUAGAACCAGUGACAUGAAGGCAAGGCAGCCAUUACACGUGUAUCCAUCUGACGUUUUUGUUGUACAUUCAAGAAACGAAGAAUCCUUCUUCUCAGUCAAUGACCAGGGGAACCAUACAGAUAAAAAAAAAAAUGCUAAGAAUUUAACAAAAACAAGUUUGCAAUUGCAACA